AUGGAAGAAAUUCCUGAACCACAUAAUGUAGGAGAUGAGCCACCUCCUGGGAGAAGGAUCAAAGAAUUCUGUGUAUACCAUCGCUUUCAUGGUCAUACAACAAAUAAUUGCAGGAACGUGAGGAAAAUCAUAUUGCGAAUGAUUGAACAAGGAAAAUUGAACCACUUUUUGACAAAGCAGCCACAAAAUUUACCACCAACACCACCACCAGGAGGAGGAAAUGAAUAUGGUGCAGAGAAAGGAAAGAAUGCAUAUGUAAUUGAAGUUGGUGCGAAGGCGAAAAACUUAUACUGUAAUUCGAUUAUACAUUCGUUCAAGAUUAUAGAAGACUUUCAUGACAACAUCUUAAGUCGGGUGCAUGCGAGAGACAAUGAUGGAAGAGAAAUCUUUAACCUUGUGAAGAUAUCACCAUUAAAAGAUUGGAAAAAGCAGACUAUUUCGUUCAGUGCGAAAGAAACACCAAGAGCAGGAGAACCACAUGAAUGUCCACUAGUGGUGAGCUUAGGAAUUAACCCGAAAGCAAAAGUAGAAGAUGGUGAAGAAGAUGAAGUGAAUACUUGGGCUAUAAAUAAAAUACUCGUAGAUCCUGGGAGUUCUGUUGAUAUCCUCUUUUAUCAUACAUAUAAGACUAUGGUUGGAAGAGAUGACGAAUUAAUUCCUUCAACUUAUAAAAUUUACGGCUUUAAUGGUGCUGCGAAUAAGCCAAAGGGAGAAGUGACAAUGCGAAUUCCUCUACAAAAUAAGCAGGGUACUGAGGCAGAACCUUCUGCGAAUAAUAAUACUAAACGAACCAGAGAGAGUACUUCUGAAGAAUGA